AUAUAUAUAUAUAUGAAUAUUUUCGUCGCAGAUCCGAAUGUACAAGAACGAUUGGGCAUUGUAUCGUUCAUCUUCGUUUUUAAACGGGAUUCUUAACAUGUAUAUUUAAAUGAAUAUUUACAUAUAGACAAUUUAAAUGAAUAUUACAUUUAGACGAGCUUGUUCCUUCGUAGUCGAAUACAAAGCGAGACAUUAUUCGAUUUCUUGUUUUACAUAUCUGAAGAUAUUUUGGCUUCAUUAGUUCCUCAAACGAUCCUCGCCAUUUAAAGAAUGAAAAAUAAUAUAGACAUGUUACUUUUUCCAUUUGACUUUUUUUAUUGCAAUUUCCCCACCCGUAAAAUCAAAAGUUUAACGAUAUUGGUACUAACGGUAUUGCACUUUAUUUCAUAUUUACAUAAUCACACAUCAUAAUUUUUCGUUACUUAUAUUUAAGCGGCAUCAACGCACUUUAAUUUUAUAUCUUUUGGUAGCUCUAUAAAUUCUGUAUUUCUCUUAGAUUUACGAUGGCUUUGUAAUAAAUUUUAUCUUUUCUACAGACUUUCUCCUCAUUGUUUCUGUUUGCAUUGAGAUAUGUUGCUGACAGUAUCUUGUAAAUCCUAUUUAUUUAUCUUCGCGCCUACUUGAAUUGUCGCUUCUAUCUUAGCAAGCAAUAUUUUUGAAGAGGGCGCAAGUGUGCAGCAAGCAAGUUUAUCAAGUAACGCAGCAAAGCAUUAAUCGAAUGGCUUUUCUUGAUGGCAGCAUAUCCUCUUGUCAAGUGUAAGGUUAUACAUAAUGUCCAUAUCUUUCAAUGCAAAUUAAUUUUAAUCGGUUCUACUUGUUAUCUUUCUUAGUUCUAAAACUUAAAAAAAACAUAACGGAAUGAGCUCCAGCACGAUUGUUGCAAGAGCAGAGGAAUAUUUUUAUAACAUAAAUCCUAUAGCUCGGAGGAUCGGUGAGGAUAUAACCGCGACGAAAGAAGCUUACGAGGGAUUAUGGAAUACUCUAAGCAUAACAGAGCGCAAUCAAGCCAUCAACGAGACUAUAAUUCAGCCAGAAGUAGCUUUGAAGUAUACCUUGAAGAAGGUUGAAUUGAUCAAAGAAUUACCCGAGUGGUAUCCAAAGCUACGCAUACAGACUGGAAUGAAAUAUGUCAUAGAUGAAACUGGUUCGACAUUACGAUGGCGAGAUGAGCACUCUGCACCAUUUUCAUUUAUGACUCAAUCGCAAAUGAAUCUUAGUUUGAUAGAUUCUAGCGAAGAUGUGACAUCUAGGUCAAUGAAGAGUCAUUUUGGAGAAUCACCACAUUUUUCUAGUCCUGGAAAGGCACAAAGGAAUAAUUGUUCACUAAAUGACAACUACAGUUCUGCACAUCAAGUCACUUGUUAUCCAUCAGACUGUUAUACCAAUGAUUUAUUCGAGAACGAUCAAUGUAGCGAUUUACUCACGAAUGGAAUCGACAGUGAACAUUCCGAUAAUAUAUUUGCCAAACUGAUUAAUAAGACUUCUUUAUUGAAAUUGCAAAACAACGUUGAAGAUGAUAUGGAGAGCUUAGUGAGGGAUUCCGAUACAGAUAAAAGCCAAUCGAACACCUUGGUAGUAAUGUCACGAACGAAAUCAAGCGAUAUAAACGAAUCGACUGCUUUAUUAGAAACACCCAGUUCCUAUAGUAGCUUUCAGUCAUCCCAUUUAAAUCAAGAAGAUGAAGAGAGAAGUAUACCAAAGACUGGAUUUGAGUUUCUUGACAAUUGGUAAACUCAUUCCGUUGCGAAAAAUGAUGCAAUUUUCUAAACGCACUUCUAUUAUAUGAAAAUAUUCUCAUAAUAUAUCUUAAGAAUGUACACUGCAUAUACAUAUGAAUGCAGAUGUUUGAACAAUGUAUUUGAUUAUUCCAAUGCUAUAUUUAAAAAUAUGUGUAUGUGAGAUUUGC